AUGCUGCAGCCCGUGUUCACCCUGAAACUGCGCCACAAAAUCAACCCCCGUAUGGUGGCCGUAGGGCGCUACGACGGGAUUCACCCGUGCCUCGCGGCCGCUACCCAAGCGGGCAAGGUUUUUAUUCACAACCCUCAUGCACGGAACCAACAUCUCGAUGCACCCAGGGUCCUCCAGAGCCCCCUGGAGUCUGAUGUUUCACUUCUCAACAUUAACCAGACAGUCAGCUGCCUGACCGCAGGAGUACUGAACCCUGAAGUUGGCUAUGAUGCUCUUUUAGUGGGGACACAGACCAAUCUGUUAGCUUAUGAUGUCUACAAUAAUUCAGAUUUGUUCUACAGAGAGGCAACAGAUGGGGCCAAUGCAAUCGUGCUGGGGACGUUGGGAGACAUCACCUCUCCUCUUGCAAUUAUCGGUGGAAACUGUGCUCUGCAGGGUUUCAAUCAUGAAGGAAAUGAUCUCUUUUGGACGGUUACCGGCGAUAACGUCCAUUCCUUGGCCUUGUGUGACUUCGAUGGCGAUGGAAAGAAAGAGCUUCUUGUUGGAUCUGAGGAUUUUGAUAUCCGAGUUUUCAAAGAAGAUGAGAUAGUGGCAGAAAUAACAGAAACAGAGAUCAUCACCUCUCUUUGCCCCAUGUAUGGCAAUCGAUUUGGUUAUGCCCUUUCCAAUGGCACCGUUGGAGUUUAUGACAAAACAGCCCGAUACUGGAGAAUUAAAUCCAAAAAUCAUGCCAUGAGUAUUCAUGCUUUUGACCUUAAUUCUGAUGGAGUGUGUGAACUGAUAACUGGUUGGGCCAAUGGGAAGGUCGAUGCUCGAAAUGACCGGACCGGGGAGGUCAUCUUUAAGGACAGCUUUUCUUCUGCGAUUGCUGGUGUGGUGGAGGGAGAUUACCGGAUGGAUGGCUGCCAACAGUUAAUCUGCUGCUCGGUGGAUGGAGAAAUCCGGGGCUACCUGCCGGGCACGGCUGAGAUGAGAGGCAACCUCAUGGACACCAGCCUAGAGCAGGACCUGAUCCGAGAGCUGAGUCAGAAAAAACAGAACCUGUUGCUGGAGCUCCGCAACUAUGAGGACAACGCCAAGGCAGAGCUGAGCAGUCCACUGAACGAGGCUGAUGGGCAUCGGGGCGUGAUCCCGGCCAACACCAAGCUCCACACCGCCCUCUCCGUCAACCUGGGGGGCGAGACGCAGGCCGCCCAUGCGGAGUUGUGCAUCUCCACCUCUAAUGACACCAUCAUCCGAGCAGUGUUGAUUUUUGCGGAGGGCAUUUUUGCAGGUGAAAGCCAUGUGGUGCACCCCAGUGUUCACCAUCUUUCCAGCUCCGUCCGCAUCCCCAUCACACCUCCCAAAGACGUCCCCAUGGACCUGCACUUGAAAACCUUCGUGGGUUACAGGAGCAGCACCCAGUUUCAUGUGUUUGAGCUGACAAGACGGCUACCUCGAUUCUCCAUGUACGCGCUCACCAGCCCGGACCCUGCCAGUGAGCCCGUCAGUCACGUCAACUUUAUCAUCGCAGAACGGGCCCAGAGGGUUGUUACAUGGCUCAACCAGAACUUUCUGUUACCAGAGGGCACUAACAUUCAGAACGCUCCAUUUCAAGUGUGUUUCACAUCCCUACGGAACGGUGGCCAGCUGUAUAUAAAGAUAAAACUUAGUGGAGAGAUCACUAUAAAUACUGAUGAUAUAGAUUUGGCUGGUGAUAUCAUCCAAUCGAUGGCAUCGUUUUUUGCUAUUGAAGACCUUCAGGUCGAAGCCGAUUUCCCUGUCUACUUUGAAGAAUUACGAAAAGUGCUAGUUAAGGUGGACGAAUACCACUCCGUGCAUCAGAAGCUCAGUGCUGACAUGGCAGAUAACUCUAAUCUGAUCCGCAGUUUGCUGGUCCAAGCUGAAGAUGCCCGUCUGAUGAGGGACAUGAAAACAAUGAAGAAUCGCUAUAUGGAACUCUAUGACCUUAAUAAAGACUUGCUCAAUGGAUAUAAAAUUCGCUGUAACAAUCACACAGAACUGUUGGGAAGCCUCAAAGCAGUAAAUCAAGCCAUUCAAAGAGCAGGUCGUCUACGUGUUGGCAAACCAAAGAACCAGGUGAUCACUGCUUGUCGGGACGCCAUUCGAAGCAACAACAUCAACAUGCUGUUCCGAAUCAUGCGGGUGGGGACAGCUUCUUCAUAG